AUGAGUUAAAAGGGAAAAUUGUUUUUAUCAUCAAAAGUUGAUUUAGGUUAUAAAGGUAAUGAGGAAAGCAUUCGUCCUGCAACCACAGCAGCAGCAACAGGAAGUGAUUUUUAGUUUGAAAGCAAUGUUCAAUAAAGCACAUGCAAAUCUAUAUUUAUGAAACCUAAUUCAUUACAUACAAUUAGAAAUAUCUUUGAUGGUAUUGUGAUAAUCAUGACAUAGAGGUUAACAAUGAAGAGAGGAAGAAAUACAAAGAUAGUUAAGUUGGCCCAAGAUAUGAGGAUGACAAAAAAGAAAAGAUAGUCAAGUGGUCUAUUGUUGGUAAGGCUGAACAAUUUUUGGCAGUCAGAAAUAAAAACAGAUAGAGNUAUUAGCCAUAAUUAACAAUUUAGUUUUUAGCUGUCACACAUUAAUCUUUAGAAAGGAUAACCUGA